CUCGGCAAUUUCGGCGGCCUCCGAGGUCUGGCGCGCGUCAAAGCCCGAACUGAGAGCCUGAUUUGUGGAGCAUCACCCCCAGCUCCUCUCCCCCACUGCCCCUCCUCCGCCCCAGGCAGAGGCCAAGGGAUAGAGCUGAGCAGGGGGAGGGGAAGAUCUACACCCAUCCCCCUUCCUCCAAACUUCCCCGCGUUCAGAUUCAAUUGCACCUUUUAUUAUUUUAACUCUUCUCCCUCGGACACGCGGCCCCCGGCUCUGUCCCUCCGGCAGUCGCGGUCCCUGCUCCCGCGCGCCGAGAUGGGACAGCGAGGGACCUGCCCGCGGCCGGCCAGCGUGUGCCGGGAGGUGAGGCCGCCGCGCCCGCUGCCCAGAGUCUGAGGACGGGUCUCCAGGGAAGGAAAGGCAGGUCAGAGACAGGUGGAUAGGCUGGCUAUGGUGACGGGACGAUGUUGGCCAGAAAGAGCAUCAUCCCGGAGGAGUAUGUGCUGGCGCGCAUCGCGGCGGAGAACCUGCGCAAACCGCGCAUCCGGGACCGCCUCCCCAAGGCCCGCUUCAUCGCCAAAAGCGGGGCCUGCAACCUGGCGCACAAGAACAUCCGGGAGCAAGGACGGUUCCUCCAGGACAUCUUCACUACCUUGGUGGACCUGAAAUGGCGCCACACGCUGGUCAUCUUUACCAUGUCGUUCCUCUGCAGCUGGCUGCUCUUCGCCAUCAUGUGGUGGCUGGUGGCCUUUGCCCACGGGGACAUCUACGCUUACAUGGAGAAAAGCGGGAUGGAGAAAAGUGGUUUGGAAUCCACUGUGUGUGUGACUAAUGUCAGGUCUUUCACCUCUGCUUUUCUCUUCUCCAUUGAAGUCCAAGUGACAAUUGGAUUUGGAGGGAGAAUGAUGACAGAGGAAUGCCCUCUGGCCAUCACAGUCCUGAUUCUCCAGAACAUUGUGGGUCUGAUCAUCAAUGCCGUCAUGUUAGGCUGCAUUUUCAUGAAAACAGCCCAGGCUCACAGAAGAGCGGAAACCCUGAUUUUCAGCCGCCAUGCUGUGAUUGCCGUCCGGAAUGGCAAACUGUGUUUCAUGUUCCGCGUGGGCGACCUGAGGAAGAGCAUGAUCAUCAGUGCCUCGGUGCGCAUCCAGGUGGUCAAGAAAACCACCACACCCGAAGGGGAGGUGGUGCCUAUUCACCAGCUGGACAUUCCCGUCGAUAAUCCGAUUGAGAGUAAUAACAUUUUUCUGGUGGCCCCUUUGAUCAUCUGCCAUGUGAUUGACAAGCGCAGUCCUUUGUAUGAUAUCUCAGCAACCGACCUGGCCAACCAAGACCUGGAGGUGAUCGUCAUCCUGGAAGGAGUGGUGGAAACCACUGGCAUUACCACGCAAGCAAGAACCUCCUACAUCGCUGAGGAGAUCCAGUGGGGCCAUCGCUUCGUGUCCAUUGUAACCGAGGAGGAAGGAGUGUACUCUGUGGAUUACUCCAAAUUUGGCAACACCGUUAAGGUAGCCGCCCCCAGGUGCAGUGCCCGAGAGCUGGACGAGAAGCCUUCCAUCCUCAUUCAGACCCUCCAGAAGAGUGAACUGUCCCACCAGAAUUCUCUGAGGAAGCGCAACUCCAUGAGAAGAAACAAUUCCAUGAGGAGGAACAACUCCAUUCGCCGGAACAACUCAUCCCUCAUGGUGCCAAAGGUGCAAUUUAUGACUCCAGAGGGAACUCAGAACACAUCGGAAUCCUGACAGCAAGACCACCCCCAGGAAAGUCGAAGAGUCUUAGGCAGGGCACCGUCAGACUGCACCAAAGCUGGACCACAGUCGUGUGGUCUUCUUUAUCUCCAUGCACUAAAUGAUAGUCAUAUUCCAGCAGCAGCACUUUCUGUGUCAAUAAACCAUCACACACCAGGUGGAGGGUUCAUGGCUCACACUUGCUUCCUCCAGGCAGUACUGGCAGUCAUAGGCUUAAGUUGUGUAAAGGAAAUUCUCUCUCGUUUUCUUUCAAUUUGAAACACAAGCAUCACAUUAAUAGUCGUAGACCUUGAAUACAAAAGCUGGCCAAAGAUCAGUGCUGUUUGAAAUGCUUAGAUCUCUCUGAAUCUGGUGUUUGCUCUAGAAAAUGUGGGACCCAAACUUGUGUUUCUCCUUUCUCUUGUUCUUUCUCUUCCUCUUUCUCUCUCUUUCUUACUGUACCAGGUAAGAAGCCUGAGGCCAAAACUGCUCAGUUCUAAUCUACUUCUAAAAGGAUUCUGUUCAUUCACUUGGUUCUUCACAAUGACUUCCAGAGGUUUCUUUGUCCUUCUCAUGGCCACCUGUUGGCAGAACCAACUGGGCCAGGAGCUUUGGAGAAAAGCUAAGAACAUUCCUGUCUCAUUUAGGACUGGAUUUCCCCAAACUGACAGCUAUUCCUUUUGGCUUCUCCCUUCUUCUUAAGAGCCUCCACUGUAUUGAAUGUUGUAUUAAACUGUUUUCUUUGUAUUCACUGUAGUUUUCUGAUUUUCACCAGUUAAAGCGCAAGGAAAAACAAAUAUUUUAGAGGCAUGUGAAAGAGAUAACACAGAGAGAUAACAUUCACCUCUGAGAUCUCUCCCUGAGGGUCCCUCUCUGUGAGAUCUGUUGUUCCAGGGACUACAUUUUUUAAAUUUCAUUUUGAUUUCAUUUCGUUCCAAGUUGUAGAAUGUUCUCUCAGCUUUUCUCUUUGAGCUUGAUGUAUCAUGGAAAUCCUGUAACCUUUUUUCUUUGAAUCACCCACCUCCAUUCUAAACUCUGCUUCCUUCUCAGUAAUGUCUGAAUUCAAGCCUGGUGUAUAUAGAUUUGGCAUUAUCUCAGUUGCUAAAGUGAGAUUUUCAAUCCGUGCUUGAUUGAAUCACCCUUAGCUCUUGCUUCUUCGGGGAAGGGAUGAGAACACAGAAGUACAAAAUAAAUAACCUAUAGGUUUAUUCUUAUAUUUCCCAUAGCUAAGCAUCAGAAAGCUGAGCUCUUGUGUAGCCUUUGACACAGGUUUUGGGGGUUUGUAUUUAUUUUACCCCACUUAUGAACAUUGAAAUAGGCAAGGAAUCACGAAUAUAUUAAAAAAAAAAAAAAAACCUAUCUUAAGCAGAAGACUCAUGCCUCUAACCAGAUGAAUGGAGAUUGUUUCUCAGGUUACUGAGUUAAUCAUUUCUUAACAUUUUCCACCACUCCUUAGAACUCCAGACUCGUGUAUCAAACAGGUACUUGAAGCUCCACUUGGAUACCUAAUACACAUUUCAAAGUCACCAUGUCUAAAACCAGAUGCCACAUUCCUACUGGCAAAACUUGACCCUUCCCCCCAGCCUUUCUUCCAGUCACUCAGGCCAAAACCUGGAGUUGUACGUGACACCUCUCUCUCAUACUUCAUGUGCUCUCUGUCAGCAAAAUCUGUUAGGUCUGCCUCCAGAAUAUAUCCAGAGUGUGGCCGGUUCUCUAGCUCUCUACUGCCUCCUUCAGUCCAGUCUGGGUACCCAUCACCCAGUAUAUACGGAUGCAGCUGUACCAACUGUUAGAACACUGAAACAUUUCUGUCUUAAUAAGACGUAGCACACCAGAGAUCACAGAACAGUGUAUCAGACCUCCUAGCAGUUCUGGCACAGAUGUGGGUCCCCUACUCCCAUCCCAGGGCAGCUAAACAGACCAGCAAUAAGAACAUGUAUGAUGUUUGCCUGCUGCUCAUUGCAGUGGCAGCUCAAUGUCUGUGAAGGUGACACAGGUUGUGGGGCAGGUAAUGUUGGUACAUAGUGGGGCUGAGAUGGAGGAUUUCUGAGUCCAGGUGAUGCAGAGAGCCCUGGCACCCAGGGCAAAUCUAGCAGUGGAGCAGGAGCAGAUCGCCCAGACACCUUCCAGCUGCAACCAAAUACUGGUGCCACGGACCUGAUGACCAUCAAUUUCAUGGGGAAGUCAGUGGAAGAGGGUGAUGGGCCCCUGUAUCAAGUCAUGACUCAGAUGAGGACAUCCUUUAGCUAGUGACAACCACAUCAAAAAAAAAAAAGUCACAUCCAUUUCUAGAAAUCUACAAGUCUUUUAGAACAUUACGGUGAUUUCAGAACAUACUUUUGCUAAAAUAUAUUUAACUGGCUAAGCACGAUUGAAACUAUUUAGUCUUAUAAGAAGACUGUGUGUAUAUAUAAUUAUGUAUUGAAUUUAAAUAUAAUUUUAUAUUAAAUAUUUAGAUUCUUCACUUCUAUCCUAGUCAGCCUACAGCAGCCACAAUAUUUUUUUAAAUCAUAUUACAUUGUGCCUCUACUUAACACCCGCCUAUGGCUUUCCAUUUUUCGAAAAAUGAAAACCAAACACUUUCCAAGGCCCACAAGACACUACAUCUUUUUACUACCUCUCCCCUCGGAUCAUUUCCACUUUACCACGCUGGCCUUGCUGUUCUUUGAAACAGAACCAUACAUACUCUCGGAUCAUGAGUUCGCUUCCACCUGGAGCGUUUCCCCCGCAAGCCUCCUCCUGUGAUUAUUUAGGGUUUCUGCUCCAGCGCCCUCUCACAAGAGAGUGCAGUAUGGUGGUUAAGAAAAUAGACUUUGUAGCAAGACUCUCUUGCUUUCAAUUCAGUUUUAACACUUAGCAUCUGUGAGGUCUGAACAAAAGUAAGUAUCUUCGUUGUGACUCAUUUUCUCCAUACAUAAAAUCAGAAUGAUUAUAGUACCUACCUCACAAGUUGUAAGUGAGUUCAUGUGCAUAAAAAGCUAAAAUAGUUUCAUUCAUUCACAAAGGACAAAAGCUGGAAAUGAAGGACUGCCUGGAAAUUGACUAGACUCUUAGUAAAUGACGAAUUCAACGCAUUACGUGUGUCCUCUAGGACAGAGAAAAAUGAUCUUUGCCACAUGAAUCUGAUCUCUUACAAACUCUGCAGUAAAGAACUUAUACCUGCCCACUCA